AUGAAAUACACAUGACAAAAGAGAAAGUGUCCACACUGCGAGCAGAGGGUGGCAGUAAAGCAGCUAAUAUGCUGGGUAACAAUCAAAACGAAGAAGAAGUAAGCGGAUUGGUCCAAAGUUUGGCGGACUUUAUCCUCCGCAGAGAAGCAGGUUUUUGUUCCAGCGCCGUGGACAGCAGCGGGAGUCUCCACACAACUGAUUUGCACUUUGUCUGACGAGAGAAACAGAAACCAUGUCUUUGACAAAUGGCCACAAUGUGAGCAAAGAAACUUGGGAUUCGCACAACAAGAUGAUGCUGGAUCCUCUGUCCGUCAGCGACUCUGAGGUUUUCUCCAUCAUAAAAAAAGAGAAGCACAGGCAGACGUAUGGCCUGGAGCUCAUAGCGUCCGAGAACUUUGCCAGCAGAGCGGUUCUAGAGGCUCUGGGUUCCUGCAUGAACAACAAAUACUCUGAGGGAUAUCCCGGUCAGAGGUACUAUGGUGGCACGGAGCAUGUUGAUGAGCUGGAGAGACUCUGUCAGAAGAGGGCGCUGGAGACUUAUGGUCUGGACUCAGACAAAUGGGGUGUCAACGUGCAGCCAUACUCAGGUUCACCGGCUAAUUUUGCCGUCUACACGGCCGUUGUGGAGCCUCAUGGCAGGAUCAUGGGGCUGGACCUUCCUGAUGGAGGUCACCUGACACACGGCUUCAUGACUGAGAAGAAGAAAAUCUCUGCAACGUCCAUCUUCUUUGAGUCCAUGCCGUAUAAGGUGAAUCCAGAAACGGGCUACAUUGACUAUGACCGACUGCAAGAAAACGCUCGGCUGUUCCACCCCAGACUCAUCAUUGCAGGAACAAGCUGCUAUUCCCGCAACCUCGAGUACUGCCGUCUGAAGAAGAUCGCUAAUGAGAACGGUGCAUAUCUGUUGGGAGACAUGGCUCACAUCAGUGGGUUGGUGGCUGCCGGAGUGGUGCCCUCACCCUUUGACUACUGUGACAUUGUUUCGACGACAACACACAAGACGCUGCGUGGCUGCCGUGCUGGACUCAUCUUCUACAGGAAAGGCGUGCGGAGUGUGGAUGCUAAGGGCAAGGAGACUCUGUACAACUUGGAGUCUUUGAUCAAUCAGGCUGUGUUUCCCGGGCUGCAGGGAGGACCGCACAACCACGCUAUUGCAGGUGUUGCUGUCGCUCUCAAACAAGCCAUGACGCCAGAGUUCAAAGUCUACCAGACGCAGGUUCUUGCUAACUGCAAAUCUCUCUCCAGCGCCCUCAUUGACCACGGCUACAAGAUUGUCACUGGUGGCUCUGACAACCAUCUGAUCCUGCUGGACCUGCGCAGCAAAGGAACUGAUGGAGGACGAGCUGAGAAGGUUUUGGAAGCCUGUGCCAUUGCUUGUAAUAAGAACACCUGUCCAGGGGAUAAAAGUGCUCUGCGCCCGAGUGGUUUGAGGUUUGGCUCUCCAGCUCUGACCUCCAGAAACUUGAUGCAGGAGGACUUCAAGAAGGUGGCCGAGUUCAUUCACAGAGGCAUUGAGCUGACUUUGGAGGUGCAGAGUAGCCUGGAUCCCAAGGCCACUCUGAAGGAGUUCAUUCAGGCGCUGACCCAUGGAGAGAAGUUCCAGCAGCGGGUAUCUGAAAUCAAAGCAGAGGUGGAGGCUUUCGCUGGUCAGUUCCCCAUGCCUGGCCUGCCUGAGCUGUAGAGAGAGACAGCUCAGACACUGAUGGACGCUGGACUGAUGAUUAUACCAAACAUUGUAAUUCCAAAUUUUGGUAGCAUCUUGUUUCGUGUGUACAUUUGUUUUUCAGCGUACACCUGUUAAAUAUGUCACUGCAAAUCAAGACACAGCUUGGAACAGAUUUGUUUUAAUGGAAAAAUAGAUUUGCAGACUUAAUUGUCCAAUUAUCCAGUGUUGCUACAGUGCUUUUGCUUUUUUGGAUAGUUCUUUUUUUUCCACUGUAGCUUUUGGUCUCGGAUGUUAAGAUCACACAAGCUCAGAAAUCACCAUUUCAUUUGUAUCAAAUUUACAAUUGCAAAGUUUUCUUACGGGCUUUACUGCAGAUUAAAGCACAGCACGUGAUUAUUACUUUCAUAAAUGAGCGUUUUAUAUGAUAUACUGUAUACAUGUACAAUAUAAUAAAUACAAUUUGAAAAAUAAAAAAAUACAAUUGUU